UGUUUAGUAAUGUAAAUAUAUUUUAAUUCAUAUUUCGAGAAUAAAAAUAUGAAAUUUCAAUAUUAAUACACUUUGAAUAUUUUACUUUUAUUUUAAUGUAUUCUUUGAUGUAAAUUUGGGAUACGCCCGCCUUCCACUUUUCAGAAUGAAGUACAAGUUUUAAAAAUUUUCCAUGAACAGGAAGCUUAUUCCCAAUUUCACACCUUAAUUCACUUUUCUCCGUAGGAUUGGAUUCUCAUCCCCAAGUAAAUCAAAACCCUUGGUAAUAUUUUUUCUCUCUUAGCAUUUUCCGAAUUGCGCCAAGGAACAGAUUAAUGAAGUCAAAAUCAUCACGACGGCGUUCUAGAGCUGAUGGAUCCAGCUUGAAAUCAACAAGAAAGACGAAAAAGCCCAAAAAUAUGGGUUGGGAGGAACAUCCAGAUUCUGAUGUUGAUUCUAGUCCCCAUAGCUCCAUUUCGGAUGGUUGGUCUCCUGAUUCACCCUGCUAUCCUGAACAAAAGGCAUCUCAAGAGGAUAUCGAGCGCCAAAACACUAAAUCUGCUAUGCAUGCAUUGGCAUAAUACAACAAGAAACAUGAAACCAAAUCUGACUUUCUACGCUCUUCCGUUUUCUUCGCUUAGCUAUGCCCAAAUCGCCUGAUUUUUGGCAUCUACACCAAUUGAUGUACGCAGAUUCUAGGAAAUAUUACAUAUAAUCGGCAAUCAGAGAACCGCUAUGAGAAGAUAUCGAGGAGCGAGUGCUGGAGGAUCAUGGUUCUUGUCAUAAGGCUAUAUACUCUACCCGUGUUUACUGAUGAGAAGACCACAAAUUCAAUUGAGACGGUGUUCAUGGAUGAACAUGUAAGACAAACUUCAACUCAUGAUAUUGCGUACGAUUCAUAUUAUAUGUAUGUACAGAAUUGUUGAAUUUUAUUGAUUUUUUUGUAAUUGCUUUGUGUACAUACUGAGUUAUUAA